AUGGAGAACGAAACAAAUUUGGACGCUACUCUUAGCGAUAGAGUUCGUCAGUUUACUGAGUUUCUUGACAGUAAUGAUGGUGCUACGAAUUAUAAAGAGGAAAUUAGACGGAUGCUCCAGAGAGAGUCGACUCGUUUGGCAGUUUCUCUUGACGAUUUGAGAGAAUUCGAUCGUUCUUUUUGGAAAGGAGUUCUGAAUUAUCCGUCUGACUAUUUGCCAGCCGUUGAUAAAGCUCUCCGCGAGACUGCUUUUGCUAUCAGAGAUCCAAUACUACAUCCAAUUGAUGAUCAGACACAAUUUUAUGUGGCUUUCAAAGGUUCUUUUGGUGACCACUGGGUUAAUCCCCGUACAAUUCAUGCGUCUCAUCUUGGAAAGUUGGUUAGUUUGGAGGGUAUUGUAACUCGAUGUUCACUUGUUAGACCCAAGGUUGUUCGUUCAGUUCAUUAUUGCGAGACCACUGGCCGAUUUCACGCUCGUGAAUACCGUGACCAAACUACAUCGUUCGAUCCUUUGCCGACCUCUAGCGUUUAUCCAACUGAAGAUAGUGAUGGCAAUCCAUUGAUUACAGAGUUUGGAUAUAGUACAUACAGAGAUCAUCAAACCAUUUCAAUUCAAGAAAUGCCCGAAAAGGCACCUGCUGGUCAAUUGCCUAGAAGUAUUGAUGUAGUAAUGGACGAUGAUUUGGUCGACAGAGCUAAACCGGGUGAUAGAGUUCAACUGGUUGGUGUUUACAGAUCCCUUGGUGGCGGUGCUAAUAACCAAAGUGCUACCUUUAGAUCAGUGCUUUUGGCAAACAACGUUAUCUUAUUAUCAUCUAAAGCCAAUGGUGCCACAGCUCAAACUCCAAUCAAUGACACCGACAUCCGUAACAUCAACAAGAUUUCAAGAAAGAAAGAUAUUUUUGAAUUGCUUUCUCAAUCGUUGGCUCCUAGUAUUUAUGGACAUGAUUAUAUUAAAAAGGCUGUUCUUCUUAUGUUACUAGGUGGUUCAGAAAAGAACCUUGAAAACGGUACACAUAUUAGAGGAGAUAUUAAUAUUCUAAUGGUCGGUGAUCCAUCUACGGCCAAAUCACAGAUGCUCAGAUUCGUCCUCAACACAGCUAAUCUAGCAAUAGCAACUACCGGUAGAGGUUCAUCCGGUGUCGGUCUGACAGCCGCGGUUACGACCGAUAAAGAGACAGGCGAAAGGCGUUUGGAAGCAGGUGCGAUGGUCCUGGCUGAUAGAGGUAUUGUUUGUAUUGAUGAAUUCGACAAAAUGAGUGAUGUGGAUCGUGUUGCUAUCCACGAAGUCAUGGAACAGCAGACUGUUACUAUAGCCAAAGCUGGUAUUCAUACAUCUUUGAAUGCUAGAUGUAGUGUUAUUGCUGCUGCAAACCCUAUUUAUGGUCAAUAUGAUACUCACAAGGAUCCACACAAAAACAUUGCCCUACCUGAUUCAUUACUGUCACGUUUUGAUUUACUCUUUGUGGUGACCGAUGAAAUCGAUGAUGCCCGUGACAGAGCUAUAUCUGAACAUGUCUUGAGAAUGCACAGAUACUUGGCCCCUGGUUCAGAGGAGGGUGUUCCAAUCAGAGACAAUUCAGGACAAAACCUAUCAGUCGGUGACCAAGCUGACGAACAAGCUGCUGUCUCUAGUGAUACUGUCUAUGAAAAGUUCAAUCCUCUGAUCCAUGCCGGUCUCGCUGCUGCCAACAAAGGUACCAAUAAGAAAAAUCAAGUUCUUAGUAUUGGCUUUAUUCGUAAAUAUGUGCAGUAUGCAAAGAACCGUAUAAAGCCAGUUCUUACCAAGGGCGCUUCUGAUUACAUCGUAGCAACUUACUCUGGACUUCGAAAUGAUGACCUUACUAUUAAUCAACGUCGUACAUCUCCUAUCACGGCCAGAACGCUUGAAACACUCAUUCGUCUUUCCACGGCACAUGCAAAGGCUAGGUUAUCAAAUCUUGUUGAGGAAGAUGAUGCCAGGGUGGCAGAAGAGAUCCUCAGAUACGCCUUAUUCAAAGAGGUUAUAGAGGCAGGCAGACGUAAGAAACGUAGAACUACAGCUGACCUUGAAGGUGAGAGUGAAGAGUCGGAUGUCGAGCUUGACGAUGAAGAAGACGAGGUGGUAUCUACCAGAAGACCUGGAAGACCACGGGGUUCCCGUGCUAAUAAUGCUGAAAACGAUGAUGACGAUGUGGAUUAUGAAGACACUCUUCCAGACGAUUCAGUCUCUCAAAGAAUCACUACUGCACGACAAAAAGCACUGGCAGCACGACGACAGGGUGACAGCUCACAACCAGCCUCUUCUCAAGGUCCCUCUUUCACACAAGAAUCAUGGGGUUCAAGUACCGUCGAAUCACAAGUAGCAGAAGGUUCAAGAACCAAUGGUCUUGCCGAAACUGGUGAGGACUCUGUUCCACAAGGUGAUAUUUCACGAUCCCGUUUAGAUGAGUUUGGCAGGAUCUUGGGACAAUUGCUUACUGACACUGCACAAUUUCCUAGUGACGAAGCCAUCUCGAUUCCAGUGCUAAUUGAUGCUGUUAACAAACGAAUGCAGACCGAGGAUGUUUUCAGUGAUCGUGAAGCAAGAGCUGCUCUCAAGCAAAUGAGUGUCGAUAAUAAACUGUUUGUGCACAACGAGUCUGAUUCCAUUUAUAUGAUUUAG